CGCCUGGGCGGGGCCGGCGCGGGAUCCGGGUGGCUGCGGGCAGCGGUGGCGGCUGCGGCUGCGGGGUCCGGGUCGCUACCAGGGCCAGGUCGCAGCGAAUUCGGAGGCGGAACACCCGCAGUCAAGCCCCCCACGCGAGGUGAUCCCCUCGGAGAGAGCGCACCCCAACCCGUGCCUCUGCGUCCCAGCAGGGCUCCAGCCCUGCCCCCAGGAGGCUCCCUGCUAAGAUGGCGUCCGCUGGAGACCCCCCGACGGGCCAGCGGGAUGCAGCGGACCAGAACUUCGACUACAUGUUCAAACUGCUGCUGAUCGGUAACAGCAGCGUAGGCAAGACGUCCUUCCUGUUCCGAUACGCCGACGACUCCUUCACGCCCGCCUUCGUCAGCACCGUGGGCAUCGACUUCAAGGUCAAGACCGUUUACCGCCACGACAAGAGGAUCAAGCUGCAGAUCUGGGACACGGCGGGCCAGGAGCGCUACCGUACAAUCACCACAGCCUACUACCGCGGAGCCAUGGGCUUCCUGCUCAUGUAUGACGUCGCCAACCAGGAGUCCUUUGCAGCCGUGCAGGACUGGGCCACGCAGAUCAAGACCUACUCCUGGGACAACGCUCAGGUCAUCCUCGUGGGGAACAAGUGUGACCUGGAGGACGAGCGUGUCGUGCCCACUGAGGAAGGCCGGAGGCUCGCUGACGACCUUGGUUUUGAGUUUUUUGAGGCUAGCGCCAAGGAGAACAUCAACGUGAAGCAGGUCUUCGAGCGCCUGGUGGACGUCAUCUGCGAGAAGAUGAAUGAGUCCCUGGAACCCAGCUCCAGCCCGGGCAGCAAUGGGAAAGGCCCGGCCUUGGGGGACACCCCAGUCCCACAUCCCAGCAGCUGCCCCUGCUAGAGAUGGUCCCCCCCCCCACCUACCCCCACCUGCCUCAGCAGGGACUGUGACUGAGGCAUGAGCCACAAGGGCUGUUUCCAAGCUCAGGGCGCCCCCUCCCCUCCCAUCAGCCGCACACCUCCCCCCAGCUCCCGCAUGGCAUUCUCUGGCGAUGGCCACCAGCCUGCCCAAGCAGCCCCUGUCACAGGCUCCAGACCCUGGGGACUCUGCACUGCAGCCAGGGUCUGGGGAUAAGGUCAUGCACGAGCUUGCUGCUUUCAGGCCUUUUCAUGCGGGUGGUACGGGCAGCGUGUCCCACCCCAGCUGGGGGAGGGGCAUCUACAGUGCCUUCUGGGUUAGAACCACUUAUCCACAUCCGUUUCUGUGACGGGCGUUGUCUGGAGUUCACGUACUGGCCAAAGAUGGUUUUUCUUCUCCCUCAUGCUGUGGGGGUCCUCAGAUUUCAUCCCUGGAGAUGUGGAAGACGGUUCCUCUCUCAGGAUCGUCCAGUCUGCCUGUGACCCUUCUCAGACCUCAAGGCUGCAAGGCAGGGUGGUGGUUUUGGCCUCCCCAGAACCCUCCUUUCCAGCCUGCGGAUUCUCUGCCCAUGAAAGCAGUAUUAAAGCAGCUUUUCCCGUUGUAAAGGAACAGGGAGUUAGAACCCACCUCCCACACCCCAUUCCCCAGCCUGGCUUCAGGGACCCGAGAAGUGCCUUCUGAGCUUCCCCAGGAUCCUACAUCACCCACGACCCUGCCACUGUUUCAGCUUAUCCACUGCGUCCCUGAUCCGGAAUUGAAUUCUGAAACUAUGGGCUGUGCGGGGCCGGGCAGAGAAUCACCCAGCCCUUGGCAUUCCUGCUGGGGACUUCUUACCAGAAGUUAACUUAGAGUCAGGAACUUGGGCUCUCCUGCCCAGACCUGCCUCCCCCGGGCCCUGGUUUGGCUGGUAAUGUUUUAAGCAAGGUUCUUUCCACAUCCAACAUCCUGCUAGAAAAGGAAAUUGAGCAACGUUCCUGUUUUCCUGCGCUGGCUGGCUGGCGGCUUUCCAUGGGAGGACUUCAGCUCCUCCUACUUGAAAAACCUUGAAGACCCAGAGGUGCCUUCUUGAGCCGUGUCAUUGCUGAGGUCCAGGGACGUUCCCUGCUAAAUGGAGGAGUCUCUGGAAAGGAUGCUUUGGGGUUGGGCUGGAGGGGUGAGAAGUCAGGGUUGGGAAACUGCUGUUGUCGCUUGCAUUUCACAGGUGCGGCUUGGGAGUGGCGGGCCGAUGGGGGAUUGGUGGGAAACCGGUCUCCCUGGUUGAGGCACAAGUGGGGAGCCCACCAGGUUGGGCUUCCCAGCUACCAGGGGCUCCUGCUGAGAGGCGAUGUGCAGUUUGGGGAUCUACAUCUUGACACCCCAUCCCACCCACCCCCCGCCCACCAGAGUGCAAACCUGGUGACAAGGCACCUCUUUUUGCCCUGGAACACUGACGCCCCAGAACUUGACAGACACUGUGAGAACGGCCAAGUGUAUGAUUAGUCCAGCCUCCCAGCCCCUGUUGCCAAAAGGAUAUCCUGUAGUCUUAAGGAUCUCUGCUGCCUCCUUCUAGAAGUGGGGAAGGUCUGGUUCAAGUUUAACAUAGUUCGUACGUUUAGAAAAGCUGGAGAUUGAAUAUAUUUCUAGAGGGCCAUGUUCACCCCAAACCAGGGGCUAUCCUUAGAGCCUCAAAGUGGAGUAUAUCUUUGUCUACCAACAAACUAGAUUGCGGUGAAAAGGACAAGUUCUUAGAAAGGCACCAUGUGAGAGUAUCUGAAGGUUUGGAGUGGGAGUCAAAAAUGUCAGUUGCUUUAACAUAAAAGAGAAAUUAAAGCAGCUAGAAACAGGCUUCUUAAGAUGCACUGUGGCCUGUCAAGAUUCUGUUGGUCAGUCCAUUUUCCUUAAACUGCUGCCAGAAGAAACAGUGGUCAGAGUGUCACUGUCUGAGGGAUGAACUGACUCGUCAUCACCUGUGUGAUGAAAAACAGCUUUGGCUGCAUCUUGUACCUGACCUGGCCUAAGCUUUCUGUUUACAGAAGAUUUUUCAGCAGUUUAGCUUCUAGCAGCCACUAAGACAGCUGCCUACGGGUUCUCUCAAGACUGGGAAUGAUGUAGGAGAAAUUUUCUUGUUUCUCUAAAAAUAAUGUAAGUUUUUAUUUUAUGAUGUUUUGGGGGGAGGUUUAACUCCUGAUGGUGUCUGGGGAACUGAAACCGAUGUCCUCAAAGAUCACUAAGAGGGAAUGGAAGUUUGUUGAGUUGACAAACAAAAAUUAAGCUAAAGGCUGUGGGAAAACAGCUUCCCAGCUCCAGAGAGGCUGGGAUCUGGGGAGGUCACUUGAGGCUGUAUCCUGCAUCCACACUAUUCCUUCUUACCAUUUGCUUUCAGCAAGUUGUCUCUCCCCUGGCAAUUUCAGUUGGAAAUUGCCAUGACUGCCGUUUAGGGUUUGGGGUUUCGCUUUUUUUUUUCUUUUUCGUUCUUUGGCUUCUCUGGGGAUCAUGUUCGUAUGUCUUUCUCUCCUACUCCACUGGAAAAAAAAAAGGGGGUGAAAUUUGAUCUCAGUGUUGAAGCACUGAUUCUGCUAGCUGGCUUCUCCCCAAUGAUCCCAAAACACACCAUGGAGAGAGCACUGGACCUGAUCAUUUACAUUCUGGAUGUGGUUCUCCUGUGUAAGCCAUUCUUUGAUGUCCACUCAUAAAGAUGUGCACUUUUCUCCACAAGAAAAAAAAAAUUAAAGUUGUUAUGCCCAGAUGCAGUUGUUCUUUUAUUUCCAUUAGUGAAAUGCAGUUUCCAGGAAGA